CACACUUACAAUACCAACAUUGAAAUGGUUUAUUUGCAUUUAACCAAUGCCAGCCUUAAGACCAAGAUUAUUCAAAGUUCUCCAGGUUUGUUUGACACAUUGACUCUGAUUCAUCAAUCAGGGUCUCUCAAAUAACUUCAGUAACAGAAGAUAUGAAUACCCAUAGUACAUCUAAGUUGAUGCAGGCAACAUGCAUUCUGCUUUUCUGCCUUAUUGGAUCUAAAUGUUACAAUGUUUUAUUUUGAUAAGGAGGCACUCUGUAAUCUUAGAAUUGAUGACAUGAAGUAGUCGCCUAUGGGCUACACAUUUAAGGAAAAAUUCACAUCUUCUUUUCACUGUUCUGUUUGUUGCCAGGUUUUUGCAGACACAAUUGUCUAUACAUAUUUACUUUUAAUGAUGCUCAAGCCCUUCUUUCACAUGCUCCUUGGCUUUUACCUACCCUUUUUGCUCAGCUUUAGGGGUUGCUAUGAGUAGCAGCAUAUAGAAUUUAGAUUCUUACCCUCAUCUCUUCAUUAUCUGCUCUGAAAUAUGUCAAAACAAAAAAGGGGGGGGGGAGGAUGUGGAUAGUUCACACUGAUGGACAAUGAAAAGUUGACUGUAAUAUGCUUUGAAGAUGAUUUCCUUGGCUUUGAAUUUUUCAAUGUUUCUCUUCCUCCUUUAGAAUACAAUAUUGAGGGGUAAAAUGCAAGUUGCUAUCUCAACCAAUAGUGGAAAGACUAGAGAGCUGUCUGAAUCAGUGUGAGUGAAGUCUCCCUAAAAUCAGAAGCAGAGGCUUGAUUCCGAAUCCUUUCUUACUGUUCUAGGUUUACUUGAAUUUGAAGGAAAGAAAACAUGUCUCCACUUCUAAGAAGCGUUAUUGACAUCGCUGAAGUUUUCGAUCAUUAUGCCACACAUAGCUGUGAAGGAGCAUCACUGAGCAAGAAAGACCUGAAGAAUCUCCUGGAAAGGGAACUUGGAGAUGUCCUCCAGAGACCACAUGACCCUGAGACGGUAGAUGUGAUCCUAGAACUUCUGGAUCGGGACUCCAACGGGCGUGUUGAUUUCAACGAAUUCCUCCUGUUCCUUUUCAAGCUUGCUCAAGCUUGCUAUUCGGCUAUCAAUCAGGCCAUAGGGCUAGAUGAGAAGACAGCCCUGCCUAGAGAGAAGAGGAGCCUGUCACAAGAUCGCAGGCAAGAAGACCAAAGGAGAUUCGAGCCCCGGGACGUACAACGGGACGAAGAACCCGGGCGCCGAAGCUGGCAGAAAAGACGUGAGCAGGAGGAGCGCGCUGAGGAGCAGAGCAGGAGGCAGGAGAGACUGGAGGAGCGACAGCAGAGGCGAGAACUGCAGGAACUGGAGGAGCGCCUAGCGGAGAAAGAGCCGCUAAGCUGGAGCCAGGGUCCUGAUGCUGAAGAGUUUUCCGAGGAAGAGGAACAGCAAAGGCAAGAACUCAGGAGCAGGGAGCAGAGGGAAGAGAGGCGGCUGCAGCAGCUGCGCGACCCCGAGCUGAGGCGUCAGCAGGAGUUGGUGGCUGAGGAGGACGAGGAGCAGACGCAACUCCGGGAGCCCCAGACUCUCACUCGGAGGUUGCAGAGGCAGCUCGAAAGCGAGGCCGAAGCCCGUCAGAACAAAGUCUACUCCAGGCCACGCAGACAGGAGCCGGAAGAGCGUCAGCUCCGGGAGCAGGAGCAACGGUCCCGGGAGCUCCAACAGCAGCGCGCCCAGGAGAAGGAGGAACGCCUGGAGCAGCAGCAGCAGCAGCGGUCGCAGAGGCGCCAGGCUGAGGAGCAGCGCUUCCGGGAGGAGGAGCAGCAGAGAGCAGAGCUCCAGGACAGCCUCCUAGAGGAACGCCAGAGGCGUCGUCAGGCCGAGCGCAGGCAACUGCAGGAAGAAAGCCAGAGGGGCCGCACGCUGUACGCCAAACCCAGCGCCAGGCAGCAGAAAGAGGAAGUGCUGCGGGAGGAGCGGCUGCUGCAAGAAGAGGCUCAGCAGCGCCGGCAACGGGACAGGAAAUACCGCCAGGAGGAAGAGCGGCUGCAGCAGGAGGAGGAGGAGCUGCGGCAGGAGGAGGAGCAGCUGCGGCGAGAGGAAGAGCAGCUGCAGCGGGAGGAAGAAAGGCUGCAGAAGGAAAGGAGGCGUCUGCAGCAGGAGAGGCAGUAUCGCAAGGAGAGCGACGUGCAGCGCGAGGAAGAGCAGCUGCAACGGGAGGAAGAGCGGCUGCAGCAGCAGGAAGAACGGCUGCGGAAGGAAAGGAGGCGCCUGCAGCAGGAGAGGCAGGAUCGCAAGGAGAACAACUUGCAGCGCGAGGAAGAGCAGCUGCAGCGGGACGAAGAGCAGCUGCAGCUAGACGAAGAGCAGCUGCAUAGGGAAAGGAGGCGCCUGCAGCAAGAGAGGCAGUAUCAAGAGGAGAACCUGCAGCAGGAGGAAGAGCGGCUGCAGCAGGAGGAAGGGCGGCUACGGAGAGAAAGGAGGCGCCUGCAGCAGGAGAGGCAGUAUCAAGAGGAGGACCUGCAGAGGCUGCGGGACGAAGGUCAGCGUAGGGAUCUGAAGUGGCAGUGGCUACCAGAGAAAGAAACUGAAGCUCGUGGCCGCAGGCUCUUCUCCAAACGCAGGGAGGAUGGAGAACAGAUCCGGCAGCUGGAGGAUUCUCUGGAGCAUGAGAGACCCUCACGUCAGGAUCGGCGGCCUCUGCAAGACGAAGCAGAAGAGAAGCGAGAGCUGGAGCAGGAGAGGCGGCGGCGACAGCAGCGUGACCGGCAGUUCCUAGAGGAAGAGCAGCUGCAGCGAGAGCGCCAACGGGAAGCCGCACGACAAGGCGAGAGGCUCCGGGAGGAAGAGCAGCUCCUGAGAGACUUGAGGAGACGGCCACAGGAGAGGGACGGAAAGUUCCUUGAGGAGGAAAGGCAACUGCGGAAGGAGCGGGAAGAACUGAGGCAAAGACGAGAAGAGAGACAGUUCCAGGAGGAGGAGCCGCGCCACCAAGAACUUAGGCAGGAGCGCGACAGAAAAUCCCGUGAGGAACAAGAGCGCCGCCAGCAGCGGCGUGAGGAGGAGCAGCUCCGGGAGGAAGAGCAGCUCCGUCAGCAACGAGACAGGAAAUUCCGCCGGGAAGAAGAGCGCCUGCAGGAGCUCGAGGAAGAGCAGCUGAAAGAGCGCCUGCAGGAGCUCGAGGAAGAGCAGCUGAGGCGCCAGGAACGUGACAGGAAACUCCGCCGGGAAGAAGAGCGCCUGCAGGAACUGGAGGAAGAGCAGCUGAGACGCCAGGAGCGAGACAGGAAACUCCGCCGGGAUCAAGAGCGCCUGCAGGAGCUCGAGGAAGAGCAGUUGCAGGACAGGAAGUUCCCCCGGGAACAAGAGCUCAGGCGUGACAGAAAACUCCGGAGAGAAGAAGAGCUCCGCCAGGAACUGGAGGAAGAGCAGCUGCGAGACCGAAAGUUGAGGGUGGAGGAGCAGCUUCGCAGGGAGCGCGAGGCAGAGCGGCAGCGUGUGCAGGAACGUGACAGAAACUUCCGCCGGGAACAAGAAUUCCGCCAGGAACUAGAGGAUGAGCAGCCUAGGGAUAGAAAGUUCCGCCGGGAACAAGAGCUCAGACGCGACAGAAAACUCCAUGAGGAAGAAGAGCGCCUGCAGGAACUGGAAGAAGAGCAGCUGAGGCGACAGGAGCGUGACAGGAAACUCCGCCGGGAAGAAGAGCGCCUGCAGGAGCUCGAGGAAGAGCAGCUGAGAAAACUCCGCAGGGAAGAAGAGCGCCUGCAGGAGCUCGAGGAAGAGCAGUUGAAGGACAGGAAGUUCCCCCGGGAACAAGAGCUCAGGCGUGACAGAAAACUCCGCAGAGAAGAAGAGCUCCGCCAGGAACUGGAGGAAGAGCAGCUGAGGCGACAGGAGCGUGACAGGAAACUCCGCAGGGAAGAAGAGCGCCUGCAGGAACUGGAGGAAGAGCAGCUACAAGACCGAAAGCUGAGGGUGGAGGAGCAGCUUCGCAGGGAGCGCGAGGCAGAGCGGCAGCGCGGACAGGAACGUGACAGAAAGUUCCGCCGGGAAGAAGAGCUCAGGCGCGACAGAAAACUCCGUGAGGAAGAAGAGCUCCGCCAGGAACUCCAGGAAGAGCAGCUGAGACGCCAGGAACGUGACAGGAAAUUCCGUGAGCAAAAAGAGCACCGUCAGGAGCGCGACCAGAGAUUCCGCGGGGAACCAGAGCUCCGGAAUGAAAGGGAGGGGCAUCAGCGGCGCCGCCAGGAACUCGAGGAAGAACAGCUUCGCUUUGAGGAACAGCAGCGUCGCCACCAGGAACGCGAGCAACAGCUUCGCCAAGAGCGCGACAGGGAAUUCCGGGAGGAGAAGCAGGAGCGCCAGGAACGUGAAGAACUGCAGUUGAGGAGGCAGAAACGAGAUGGGCAGUACCAGGCUGAGAAUCAGUUUGCCAGGGAUACGAUUCGUCGUCGCCAGGAACAAGAACGUCGUCAGGAAGAGGAACGAAGACGUCGCCAAGAGCGGGAGAGGAAAUUUCAAGAGGAGCGGAUCCGUAGGCAGGAGGAGCAGAGGCGCCGCCAAGCCUUGGAGACUGGCACGCGCCAGUUUGCCAACGUCCCUGUGCGUUCCAGCCCUCUCUAUGAGUACAUCCAAGAGCAGAGGUCUCAAUACCGCCCUUAAAGGAUGCUGCUAGCGUCCUGGCACCAGCCAAAGAAAUGUUUCUUUUUCAAGCAAAAGAAAAUGAGAAACACUGGGUAUCAAAUGAUAACUCACGUGUUUCUGGUUGUGGGAAAACUCUCUGAUCUUAGAAUGUCUUUUCCAGAAUCUUAAACUAUACCCAUUUCAUUUCUUUCUGUUCCUGUCUCUCAUUCUGUCUGGGGUAGUUCUUUAUUGCAAGAUGUCUUUGUUAUUUAGUGCAGAUGUGGUGCGCACUUUUCAAAAGAAGUCAUUUAAUUUUUUAAAGGAAUUUUGUUUGAGGAGCACAUUGAUUUAUUGCCUUCACAGCUAACAAGAAUAAUAUAACAAUUUGAUAUUCAAAAUAGUUGAGCCUCUAUUUUUAGUGGUAGAUCAUGUUGGGAACCCUCAUUUUUAUAAGUUUAAGUUGACAUUUUCUUUGACCUAAAUCUCAUUUGUCUUUACCUCCCAACAGUUUUGUCGAUCUUUUUCUUGCAUAAUUUUGACAACCCUCAAAUAAUGCAGGGGGGGUGAUUUAUGUGAAAAAUAUUAUGUGAAAUCAGUUCAUAACUGAAAGAAAUCUCUCUUAAGAGAAAGACUUGCACAGAAAAUUAUUUUUUUGGCAUUAUAUUUUUAUACUUAGCACCACUUAAAAUUUUAUGAAGCAAAAGCAAGGUGUUUCUCAAACAACUCCAAUUUAAAUCUGCUGUGAUUUGUAGAGUUCUGUUCCACUUCCCCAAGUUUUGUUGGGUUUGAGAAUAUUACUACUUUUGUACAUGUUGGUUUAGAGGGAACCUACUCAAGACCGUGUAAACAUCUUUCUUGUUUGGGUCCAGCAAGAGUUCACAAGGUGAUGGAAGAAGGAAAAGGGAAGAUGUAUGAACAGAAGGCAAAUUUAUAGAAGUCUCUUGACUAGACUUAUCAGCCCACAGUCAUUUGAGGCUUUAUACUACCUUAAAGACAUUCUUGUUGAAACAAUUGGUCUGUUAAAAAAAAUCAAUAAAUGUUUGGCAAAUAAUUAUCUUUGUCUGCUUUAAUUAUGUGCCUACCA